GGACGUUCCAUCAGCCAAUCAGCGCUCAGCUCCACAGCAGCGCACUGGAGCUCCGCGCGGAGUCCUCGUAAACUCUAUUCAUCAGUGCAUCUACGCUACGUUCUAGCUGACGCGCCCAGCCGCACUGUACUCGCCUAAGAAAAUGACUUUGAAGGCUGAAUUUGAGCAGUAUGCAGAGGAUGUAAAGAAAGUGAAGACCAGACCUACAGACGAAGAGCUGCUGGAUUUGUAUGGCCUCUACAAGCAAGCCAUCGUUGGGGACAUUCAUAUUGAGAAACCUGGAAUCACAGAGUUGAAAGGAAAAGCCAAAUGGGAGGCAUGGAAUUCAAGGAAAGGUAUGUCAAAUGAAGAUGCCAUGAAUGCCGACAUUUCCCUGGCCAAGGAAGCCAUUGAAAAGUAUGGAAUGUGAUGGGGGGGGAAAAGAUCUCCUUAGUUUUAAGUAGAUAUUACAAUUUCAUUAUGAAAAAGCUACAAGAUUAGUUUUUUUUUCUUUUUUUUUUCUUUUUAUGUGAUAUAGAUUAACAGAUUAAAAGAUAAUUAACUUGGCUUCAUAGAGAUACCACCUGAUUCUAUCUCAUUACAAGUCAGAUGAGACCUAAAGAUGUAAGCAUAUAAUAUUGUAAUUGAAUAAAGCUGUCAAAUAUCA